AUGCUGACACUCGCUGGAUUGUUCUUGCUGGCCCACGUCUUCCUCGCCGCUGGCGUACUGCCCGCAGAACGCCCGUCCAUCCCCUGCGAUGAGAACGGGGCAGUACCCGCAUCCCAGGCGGCAUUCCAGCACAUCAGUGCCCAGCAUCACCACGGCUACAAAUACAAGCUCAGAAAGUCAGCCUCCAGCCAACUGCUAAAGAAGGAUGAUCUCGCCUGUGAAUUUCACUUGGAACUGGAUCUGGAGGAGACCACAUGUCAUGUCGUGAACCCUAAACCCGUUGAGGAAUGUGUGGUCAGGGAGACGCACGAAACAAAAGUCCAAUCAAACUGCAAUGUGACCUUAACUGUGGUGGAAGGGAAGCCUACAGUGAAAAAAUACUCCUGUUCAUCCGAUCCUGCGUCAGCAGAGGAAUUACAGAAGAUUUGCCCCGACUGUCCGUCUCUGCUUCCCCUUCAUUACCCUGCCGGCCUGGACAGCAUCAAGAGCGCUCUGAAGAAAUUUCACGAGGAGUCCAAUGAAACCAGCAACUUCAAACUGCUGGAGGUCGGCAGACUUUCCACACAGCACAUGUUAACUGGGCAAUCCUACUUGGCUGAAUUUGCCAUUGUGCAGACCGACUGCCGGUCCCACGUCAUAUGCGUGCUUGGCAGGGGCAAAGCUCAGUACGGCUUCUGUAAGUCUACAGUGCUGGGAAACGAUGAAGUCAGUGUGGACUGUGAAAUCUAUGAUGCACAGAACUUGACUGAUGGUCGCCAUCAUCAUCAUCAUCGUCACCACCGUCCUCACCAUCAUCAUCAUCAUCCUGGAGGGAAGCACAAUGGCCAUCACUCCCACAAUUCCUCACAUGAACACCCUCAUUAUCGCCGUCCUGGUGGGAGACACAAUGGCCAUUCCUCGCAGGAGGACUCACAUGAACAUCCUCGCCGUUCUCGUCCUGGAUGGAAGCACAAUAGCCAUCCUUCCCACAAUUCCUCACAUGAACACCCUCAUUAUCGCCGUCCUGGUGGGAGACACAAUGGCCAUUCCUCCCAUGAGGACUCACAUGAACAUCCUCGCCGUUCUCGUCCUGGUUGGAAGCACAAUAGCCAUCCUUCCCGCAAUUCCUCACAUGAACACCCUCAUCGGCCACAUAAUCUGCCACCUUUCUUCUCUGGUUCUUCUGAACACCCACAUCCAGACACUGAGCUCCAUCACUGCCGGGGUCAAGUGAAAAUCCCACCUUCCAUCCAUCCAAUUUGUCCCCAUCCGAUUCGGCACAUGCCCCCAACCCCUGCUGACAAUUGACACCCCCAUACCCUAGGCCCUCAAUCAAAACCGCUUUAAACCAGGUCCACCAUCUAUUCCUGAUGUAUGAAAGAGCAUAUUUAGGAAUUUCACAAAUACAACAUCUUGAAAUAAAUGUGCUGCUUGGCUGAAAACUGUUUUCUCAUGUGUGCUGUACUUUGCACUCUUUUUUG